AUGCCCCGGAAACCGUUUAUAAGGAAGCAGCCGCUACUGGAGAAGAUCAGGUCAUACCCCUUUGAUUUUCUUCUUUGGUUGAAUGAGAGCAGACUAUCGAUAGAUUGGGACUUGUACCACAGAUCAAUUGGUUUACCCUUAGGCUUUGGUUUAACAACCUUAUUCAAUGUAUUGGUUAAAAUAUUGGAUUAUUAUGAUACUUCCUCAGAUAAAAAAGAGAAUAGAUUGUUUCAAAUUGACUUUUACCGCUACGAACAAAUUAAAAGAAGAGCCAUUAAGGGCCAACCGUUGAUUCAACUGACUAGUGAUCGUACUACUAAUAAUAAAUACGGGAUACUUUUCAUAAAACUCUUAGCGUUUUCAAUAUUUAUGGCAUCAGUAAUUAACUUUAUCAAAGUGUUCUUUAUAAGUUUCAAAAAUUACUCCUUACUAAAUUCAAGUCUUUCUAAAAAACCAAAUUCAAAUUCAGCUAUUGAAAUAUCCUUGAAUAAUGCAAAUGAAUUUGAAAAUUCAAUCUGGUUCAAAUUAAGCCGGUUGUUUAGUCAAUACCCAAACCACAAUCCUUCUAGCUAUGAAGACGCCAAUGAUAGCUAUAAUAAUGAAAGCUUUCUCGAUGACGAUACUACCGAAGAAAUUAAUCUAAUUGAAAAAAAAAUUUGGCAAUUGAAAGUUUGGUCACCAACUAAAUUCCCUCUCUACUUAUUCAUUUCUUUCAAUCCAGUCACUUUGAUGAUCUUGAGGUUUUUGUCUUCAACAACGUCAAUCUUGAAAUUAUUUACAAUCGUAAUUCCUUCAGUAUCUGCUUUAAAUUACUUAUUGAUCUCGAAUUUUUUAACUUUAAUCAAUGAUAAACAGAUUCUUUAUCAAGAAAUGUUUGGUGAGUAUAAUGAUAAAUUCGUGAAACCAAAGACUUCAACUUUGAAAAAAAAUGCAAUUGUUGAUGCUACUUUUGGGCCUAAUAUUCCUGCUCAAUACGUUGUUAAUCAUGAUUCGAAAGCUCACUUACUCACUGAUAAACUGAAAGUUUUCAUAACUCAUGAUAUCAAUGGUAAGCCUUUCAAUAGUGUCAAUAUUAAAAAUUCUCAAACUUUACCAAAUACUUUACUCCCAAGCUCUACCAAAGAUGAUUUACAAAGACUUCAUUUUUUAGAAGCCAAAUUGAAUUUUGAAAAAGAACAGUUAGAAAAGGAAAAAACCCUUCUUUUGAAAAAUAAAGAUUGGAGAGAUCGGGAAUUAUAUGAAAGGAAAUUAAUCAAUCGUGAAUUAAGAGAUCGCGAAUUAAGAGAUCGUGAAUUAAGAGAUCAUGAAAGAUCUUUUGUUAAUGAUUCGUUCCAACAUCAUACUCUUUCAGAAUUAUAUGAUUUACAAAAAAGAUCUCAUUAUAGUGAUAGUGAAGAUGAUGAAUCCCAACCUAAUUGGAUAAGUCGAUCAACUCCUUAUGUUCCCAAAUUUUCAAGUACGAUUCAUGGUAGCAGACUAUCUGAUAAUCAUAAACCUGAUUUAAACCCCAACAAAAUUCUUCCUUCAUUAUCGAGCUCAAGGUUUAUUCUGCCUAGUCAUGGAUUAUCUUCAAGAUCUCCAAGUCCCCAGAAAUCAAUGCAUGACCUAUAUAGAAGUCCAAAUCCUGUCAAGUAUGAAUAUGGCUCAAAUCCAUCCUCAGUGAGAAGUUUAAGUCCUUCUAGAAGAACAAUGAGUCCUCCAAGAUAUCCUCAAUCGGAUCUUUCAAGGCGUCAAUAUAGAUAA